UCGAAAUCGAAUGACGCUCGUACUCGCACGAUCUAAACCAUCGAAUUCAACGCCAGGAUCUUCGUCAUUUGUCGCCCUCACUCGUAGGCAAUCAAGUAGAAAUCUCCUUGCUCUCGUCCUCUGCAGUAGACUGGAUCAGAUGUUAACUCUUGCCCUCUCAAUCACAGAGCAGGAGUAUCGCAAAUUUUUGAUUUUUGUAGUACUAGAGUAGAAGAAGGAUGUCCUCUUGGCGACCCUCCGAUCGGCUUGCGAAGCGUUCCGACACGAGGUCAUGCCUCAGAGGGUCCUUUCUCCAGGCUGGAGUAGGUCCUUUUCAGCUGCAUCGGAAGGCCAUUGUCUACUUCGUGGCCGCGCUCCAGGCACCGGCUGCAGGGAUCCAGAACCGCGCCUCCAAGUGGAGGCCGCCUGCAGGGCUGCCUCAGACGCUUGUUAACUAGCUAGUUAAAAUAUCUAGGGUUCGGGCUAUAGUUUUAUUUUUUACUUAUUUGGAAAUUGCUUAGUUAACCUCUUCAUACAGAUGUGCGAGCUAGAGAUGCCAACUUUCAACCCCUAAUUAUCCGCAGGACCAGAUUAAGGCUACAAGGAAUCCAUCUCCAAAGGCAUGCCGCGACCGUUUUCUUUCAAGGGGAGAAGCGUUCUCAUACAUAGGAUGAGUUGCAAGAUGGACGAUUUCUCUUGGUUCUAACCGAAGGUGGCUAGACCUCUGCGACGAAGUAGGAAUCUUGAUCUGGGAAGAGUCUGUGGGCUGGCAGAAUACGGUAGCUGAUUUUCAGAAUUAUGGAGAGUCGCGGUCAUAGUUCACGGUAAUGAUAGUGGUGGCAUUUUGGGAGGAAGUUGUAGAAGGCAUUUUGGAGGAAAAGUGUAGAAGAUCUAGAAGUACCUCUAAGUCCCUCCGAAAUUCCGUGCCCAAGUAGCAGAGUCUACGAGACGAAUGGUCUUUCACUCCCAGAACCAUCCUAGCGUUGUCAUCUUUGGCUUCCUGAAUGAAGGGCACAGUAGCCAAGAGGAGAGCAAGGAGAUCUACGAUUAUUUGGCGAACGACGUUAUCAGAAAAUGGGAUCUCGGUGGCCGUUUGGUGUCGUGGGCAAGCUCGAGUCGAUUCCACGACGUGAACUGGGAUAACGCGGAUUUUUUUUAUGUCUCAUGAAACAAAUGAUCAUAAGUAUUCACAACUCAUGAUCAACUAAGUUCAAGUAGAAGUGCUAUUUUUUUUCAAUUCCCACGACUCUGACUUCAUCUCUAAUGUGAAUCUUUCAACAGCUACGAGGGUUGGUAUCCGACGACAGAAGCGGUAAGCGUCGAGGCCUUGCAGACGAUACCAGAGAUAUGGGACUUCUCUGCUGCGUGGGCACAAGAUCACUUUCCUGGCAAGCCAUUGAUUUGUUCCGAAACCGGUGCUGGGGGCAUUUUCGGAAUGCAUGGGCCGUCCGAUGGGCAAAAAUGGACCGAGGAAGUGCAAUCCGUCAUUCUACAGGUCCACACUUUAGCGCUGACGAAGCAUGAAAAGAUCGCGGGUUUCAGCCUAUGGCAGUGGUCCGAUAGCCUGAUAGACCGGAACACGUCAGAUGGAUUGCACAGGCCUAGAGUUAAGAGUAGGCUAAAGGUGCUUUUCUUACCGCUUUUUAUGCCUCUCCUAAGGGAGAAAGGCAUAACAAGCGGGGUAAGCGAGCAGCAAAAACCUACCGCUAAUAGAGGGCUGAACAACAAAGGCGUAAUGACCUUGCAUCGGAGGCCGAAGACGAGUUUCUUUGCGAUGAGGACGAUUUUCAAAAACGAUUUCUGGGGUCUCAUAUUGCCAGAAAGCGACACAGGGAAAUUUCAAGACUUGAUUAAAGUGGCAUAAAGAUGAUUGGUUGAUGAGAUAAGAAAUUCAGAAACACGACAUGGAGGACAUUCGGACUUUCACGACUUUUUCAUAGCAACACACAUGAUGCACUCCCACUCCGACCACGUGGUUCAGGGGUUGGAGUGUGUUGAGGUAAGCAUUCGGAUCUUGACGAUAACGGCAAGUAGGAA